CGGAGGCUCCAGCAGAAGGUCGGUCCCUCUCCCCACAGAGGUAUGGCCGGGCUUCAGGGUGCAGGUGGACAGGCCCAGAGAAGGCAGAGUCCUGGAGGGAAGAUUCACAAGAGCAGAUGACAUGGGUCUGGCCCUGCCCCCACCUGGGGAGGGACACAAGAUCCCAGGCCAGUGAGGACCCAGACCCUGCGCAGAGCUGACCCAGAGAUGGAGCAGACCGGGUGGCUGCUCCCCCUCGUCCUGCUGGCUCUGAGCCAGGAGCCCGCCGGGGCCGGGGCGGAAGGGACCAUCCCGCUGCAGACCCUGAGCUGCUAUAACGACUAUACCAGCCGCAUCAUCUGCAGGUGGGCGGACACUCGGGGUGCACAGCAGUUCAUCAACGUGACCCUCUACCACAGGCUGAACUCGAACACCCCGCAGCCGGUGUCCUGUGAGCUCAGUGAGGACAUGCCCUGGUCAAACUGCACGUCUUCCUGUGUGCCCAGGAAAUGUGUCAUUCCCUACAACCAGUUCAUCUUGGCCGACUACGACUACUUCUCGUUCCAACCAGACAGGCCUCUGGGCACCCAGCUCACCGUUAUCCUGACCCAGCAUGUGCAGCCGCCCGCGCCCAGGGACCUCAACGUCAGUGCAGCCGGGGACCGGUUCCUGCUGACCUGGAGUGUGGCCCUCGGGGGUUCCCAGAGCCAGUGGCUGUCAAACCUGGAGUUUGAGGUGGCCUACAGGCGGCUUGAGGACUCCUGGGAGGAUGCCUCCACCCUCUACUCCACCUCCCCGCAGGCUGACCUGGGGCCAGGACACCUCGUGCCCAGCAGCACCUACGUGGCCCGGGUACGCACCCGGCUGGGCCAGGGCUCUGCUCUCUCCGGACGGCCCAGCCAGUGGAGCCCGGAGGUUCGCUGGGACUCCCAGCCAGGGGAUGAGGCCCAGCCCCAGAAUCUCCAGUGCUUCUUUGACGGGGGCACCGUGCUCAGCUGCUCCUGGGAAGUGAGGUCCGAGGUGACCGACUCUGUCUCCUUCACCCUCUUCUACAAGUCCAGCCCUGAUGCAGGGGAGAAGGAAUGCUCCCCCGUGCUGAAGGAGGAGACCCGCGGCCACAACCUCCGGCACCGGUGCCAGGUUCCCGUGGUGGACCCCCAGAACCACCGCCAGUACCUCGUCUCUGUUCGGCCAAAGAAGAAAGAGAAGUUUAUAAAGAGCUCAGAAAACAUCCAGAUGGCUCCCCCGACUCUCAAUGUGACCAAGGGCAGAGAUGGCUACGUUUUGCGCUGGCAAAUAGAGAAAAUGGCCUACGAACACAUACAGCACACCUUCGAGGUCCAGUACAAGAAGGACGCAGCCUCGUGGGAGGAGGGCAAGACAGAGAGCCUCAGGGACACCCACCUCCUGUUGAUGCCGCCUCUGGAGCCAUCCAGCAGGUACCGGGCCAGGGUGAGAGUCAAGCACCACAGCGGCUACGGCGGGCCCUGGAGCGACUGGAGCAAGGAGAGCUCGUGGGACACGGAGUGGAUGCUGCCCACGUGGGGCCUGGCUCUCGUCCUCGUCUUCACCACCCUCGUCUUGCUCCUGGCACUGCGCUUCUGUGGAGUGUAUGGAUACAGGCUGAACCAGAAAUGGAAGGAGAAAAUCCCCAGCCCCAGUAAGAGCCGACUGUUCCAGAGCACGGCGGCCCUCGCCAGCAGGAGCCCUUCGGGCAGAGCGCCCUGGAGCAGCCGCCCGCCUGGGCCCGAGGGGGUGUCCCCUAUAGACAGCGUGUACAGCGAGGUGUCACCUCUCACCAUAGAGGACCCUAAAAAGGCCCAUGACUCACCAUCUGAGCCUGUCACGACUCCGGAUGCCUCGGACCUGACCACGGAGCUGCCCACAAGUCCCCUGCCCUGCCUGUCCGACCCCUCGGGCACGCUUGAGCGCCAGGCUUCCAGCUACGACUUCAAUGGCCCCUACCUGGGGCCCCCACACAGCCUCUCCCUGCCUGACCUCGUGGGCCAGGAGGUGCUCCCACCGCUGGGCGUAAGCCACACGCCACUGCCACCAGCGUCCCUGGAGUACCUGUGCCUGCCUGAAGGGGAGCAGGUGCAGCUGGUCCCGCUGGCCCAGGUGCUGGCACAGGGCCAGGCCAGCGGUGCGGAGAAGAGACCCUGCCCGGACGCUGAGGGGCGCCCCUCCCCGGGGUCAGGGGCGGGCCCUGUCCCUCCUGCGCCUGGGCUGACGGUGGGUGGUCAGAGCACGAAGGACAGCUCCGAAGCUCUGUCUGCUGUGUCUGGGGGCCCCGAGGACAGCAUCAUGGCCUCUGGUUAUGUCAGCACUGCAGACCUGGCCCUCGCCUUAUGCACAGAGGCACCGUCUGCCUCCCGAGCUCCUCCUCUGGGAAUCCCCUCAGCCCAGAACCACAGCCUCUGUCUUGGACCGGCCCGGGGGCCCCCUGAAGCCCCAGCCCCCGGGAAGUCAGUGUUUGACAGCUACGUGGAGCUCCCUCCCACCAUGGGCCAGUCCCCUACGGCCCCUCUGGGCAGCCCUGCCCCUCCUGUGGCCAACGGCCACAUCCUGAGCCCAAGGGAGUCCCGGGUGGAUGUGGCCCCAGCCUCUCCACACCCCGAGGGGCUCCUGGUCCUGCAGCAGGUGGGUGAUUAUUGCUUCCUCCCUGGCGUGGGGUCUGGCCCUCUCUCGCCCCAGAGUAAGCCCUCUUCCCCUGGACCCUGUCCUGAGAUCAAAGACCUGGACCAGGAGUUCCAGGCCAAGAAGCCCUCGUGCCAGGCCAUUCCCCAGGUGCCAGCCAUCCAGCUCUUCAAAGCCCUGAAGCAGCAGGACUACCUGUCGCUGCCUCCCUGGGAGCUCAGCAGGCCGGGGGAGGUGUGCUGAGCCCCGCAGACCCUGGGGGAGCACGUGGAGGGAGAUGCCUCCCCUCCCAUGCUGCCUUUCUCCCACCAACCUCUUUCCCACACUCAUUGCUACAAGGCCAAGGAGGGGAGACCAGGACAAUGAGUGACCAUCUAUCUUCUCCCUUGACCUUUACAAGGUCACGCUUUUCUCCUGUCUCUCUCUCUCCAUCCCCCGCCCCCAGCUCGCAGACACACACCCACACCUUUCUUUCAAGUUUACGUAGUUUUAGGUUCUGAAUUGUUAGGACGUUCCGUACGUCCUCCUUCCGUCGACCUCCUUUCUCUUGACCAGGUUCCCUGCUUUGGCUCUUUUCUUCUGUCUCUUCCCCGGGUGUGUGAUUGGAGUGAGUCUGAGGCCCAAGCUCAGCGUGUUCUGAGACCUCAGUCAGGGCCUGUCCCGACGCCGGGACGUCCGGUCGUGUGGAGGACCUGCGUCCCCAGCCUGUGCCCAGCAGUCACCAUCUCAAAGUCCCAGCCCGGGUGCGGAAGGCCGGGGCCUGGAGCGUGGGCCUUGGGGGUGGGAAGCUUGGAAAAGCAGCACAGUCUGGACCUGCCUUCAUCCGGUGCUGCAGCCCCAGCUGUGGCGACAACACACCGGUCUCAACUGUCACUCCCAGAAAUGGGCGUGAUAAGGGGGUGUGCAGGGGAAGAACUGUUCUGAGCUCACCAAGGUGACGGGGGCAUGUCAGGGCACAGGGCCUGCGUCAUGGAUGGGCCCUGACCCGAGCGAGGGGUGUGGGGUGCUGGCUCCUGGCGGAACUCCUUCCUACACCCAGGCUGGGGGGGCCUGGAAAAUUCAGGAGGAGAGGAGAGUCCAGAACCCAAGGCUACUGUGGAAAGGUUGGACACAACAGCUCAACAAAGGAAAAUGAUGGAAGCCCUGUCUGCCCUUUUUCCAGAAAGACCUACAACCCCAGCUGCCACCAGCCAAGUCUGAGGGGCUUUUGGCCUAUGUCUGGGACUACGAGGGGAUUAUGGUUCUUUUUAAUCUUUGCCUUCCUGAUCGGCAACAAGAAUAGCAUUAAAUUGUUUUCAUUUGUAUCACUGGAUAACUUUCAAGUUUGUACUUUUUUUUUUUUUUGGUAAAAAUGUU